GCUGGUGUCUGGCAGGGCUUGGGCUGCGGGCGAUCAGUGGCCGGGGCCGGUCGCCGGCGCCAUGGAGGACGACGACAACUACGUUCCCAGUGACCUGACUGCAGAAGAGCGUCAAGAACUUGAGAGCAUCCGGCGGAGGAAGCAGGAGCUGCUGGCAGACAUUCAGAGGCUGAAGGACGAGAUAGCAGAAGUCGCUAAUGAAAUUGAAAGCCUGGGAUCCACAGAGGAAAGGAAAAACAUGCAGAGGAACAAACAGGUAGCCAUGGGCAGGAAGAAAUUUAACAUGGACCCUAAGAAGGGGAUCCAGUUCUUAAUAGAGAAUGACCUGCUGAAGGACACUCGUGAGGACAUUGCCCAGUUCUUAUACAAAGGGGAAGGGCUCAACAAGACAGCCAUCGGUGACUACCUGGGGGAGAGAGAUGAGUUCAGCAUCCAGGUCCUGCAUGCAUUUGUAGAGCUGCAUGAGUUCACCGACCUGAACCUCGUCCAGGCCUUGAGGCAGUUCCUAUGGAGCUUCCGGCUGCCUGGAGAGGCCCAGAAGAUUGACCGGAUGAUGGAGGCCUUUGCCCAGCGGUAUUGUCAGUGCAAUAACGGGGUGUUCCAGUCCACAGACACUUGCUACGUCCUCUCCUUUGCCAUCAUAAUGCUGAACACCAGCCUGCACAACCCCAAUGUCAAGGACAAGCCUACGGUGGAGAGGUUCAUCGCCAUGAACCGAGGCAUCAACGACGGAGGAGACCUGCCCGAGGAGCUGCUCCGGAAUCUCUAUGAGAGCAUAAAAAACGAGCCCUUUAAAAUCCCAGAGGAUGAUGGGAACGACCUCACGCACACUUUCUUCAAUCCCGACCGAGAAGGCUGGCUGCUGAAACUCGGUGGCAGGGUGAAGACGUGGAAACGACGAUGGUUCAUCCUGACUGACAACUGCCUUUACUACUUUGAGUACACCACGGAUAAAGAGCCCCGUGGGAUCAUCCCCUUAGAAAAUCUGAGUAUCCGAGAGGUGGAAGACUCCAAAAAGCCGAACUGCUUCGAGCUUUACAUCCCCGACAACAAAGACCAGGUGAUUAAGGCCUGUAAGACCGAGGCCGACGGGCGAGUGGUGGAAGGCAACCACACCGUGUACCGCAUCUCCGCCCCCACCCCCGAGGAGAAGGAGGAAUGGAUCAAGUGCAUCAAAGCGGCCAUCAGCAGAGACCCUUUCUACGAGAUGCUUGCAGCACGGAAGAAGAAGGUGUCCUCCACAAAGCGGCACUGAGGGCGCACCCGGGCACGGCAGCCCUUGAAGCUGGGGCCCUUUCUCCCGCCUCCCCUUGAGGGGCGCCCGCCGAGGAGCCAAGCAGAGGAGAGCAGACGGCUCUUCUGCCAGUUCCCGCCCGCUCCUAGAGACUAGCUUCAGCUUUUGCAAUUUCUGAGUGGGAGAAGGGUGGACGUGAGGGCCGGGGCUGGGGGCUGCUCUGGAGCCGCUGCUGGUGGCAGAGCGGUGCUGCUUUGAGAUGCCUCAGCUCGGCAGGGCCGGGCCCACGGCUCGCAGAGAGCUCUCUUUACCUCACAGUACUCCUGGCCCAGGGCCUUCAGCUCUGCCCCACAGAUGCCUGUGAGGAUGUACUCUUAUGUACUAAGGAGAAGGGAGGGAAGGAAAGAAGCCACGCACUAUAAAGAUUUAUUUUUGUUUUUGUAAAGCAAAAGUAAACGUAGCACUGUACCCUACCCUGCUGUGCCCUGCUCGGGAAGCUUCCCCUGGGAAGGGGCUCUGGGGCUGCGGGCAUCCCAGGAGCUGUGCCUCCUGACCUGUGUGGGGUGAGGGGCAAAAGCAGGGCUGCUGGCAGAGCCCAGCACACACAGGGGGGCCUCCAGGGCCCAGCAGGGCAGCAAGCAGGGGCCGUGUGGGCAGGUCCCGCCCAGUGCCUGUGGGAUGGGGUGAGGUUGGCCAGCUCCUCGCCUGACCCUCAGGACCCAGGCCUACUGCGCUUUAAAGUGGGAAGUCUGCAUUUUCCCAAUAACCAAAACUGUGAGGAGGUCACCCCAUGGUGCAGGGUGGCUGACUGUUUCAUAGCUGGAUUGUCUUUCUCCUCCCCAAGACCGCCACUCCUCGUUCUAGAGGAAGGAGUAGGUUUUACCUGAUCCCCUUGGGACUUCAGCCUUUUCUGCCUCAAAAGUAUCCCCAACUGGACUCUCCUGGUGCACUCUGUGGUAGCCUCCAGGGGCAGGGGCCUCGCUCAGCAGGGUGCAGUGCGGUCAAGCCAGGGUGAGGCGGCCUCUAUGUCCCCUUGCCCUCUGGCACGGCACGCCACGGCACAGGUGAGUUGGCCCUGGUCUCCUAACUCGGCGUGAAGGGAGCCAUGAAGCGCAGCAUCCCCUGCCGUUCUCUCAGGGACUCUCAAGGGCAGCUCCUGCUCCUUGGCCAGGGCCGCAGAGCAGGUGGCAGGUGCUGUCUUGGCACACUCCUCCAUGCGGCCAAGGCCUGGGUGGCAGAGUGCUGCCUCCAGGCAGGUGGAGGAGCCAUGGGCUCCCGCUGGGCUGCGUGAGCCCGCUGGGCUGGGCUGGGCUGGGCAGGGCUGCAUGGGCUGGGCCCCUCCGAUCUCAGAAGGAGCUCAGCACCUCUGGAAAUAGCUUUGCAGAGAAGGGUGAGUGCGGGGGCAGCACUCUGGCCCCGUCCUGUGGAUCCGGCCUCAAGUGGCUUCAGGUGCUUGAUGCUGGAGUGUGCGGAGGUGACAGUGACAAACAGGGUCCAGGCUGGAACCCUGAGCCUCCUGGUAGAGAGCCAGGCAGUGCUGGCCCAGGUCGUCGGCGUCCCCCAACACCAGGUCUCACAGGUGUGUCCUGGGCAGAGCAGCGUCUGGCUCAGAAUCGGUCUAUUUAUCAGAGGUGUAAAUAAUCCACACACAGUUUUCUCCUUUUAGAUUAUUUUGUAUUUGUUUAAAAAAAAAGAUUUGUCAAAAUACAAAGAAAUGACUGAAAGUUGACAGGGUUUUUUAAAAAUACCAUUGUUAUUAUUAUUCCAAUUGUUUUUUUGUUUGUUUUUGCCUUGUAAACUAGCUCCAAGGAACUGCAGCAAAUAAACUCCAAAUCUGCCCAAACCA